AUGAAGAGGGAGGCAGAGGGAGGGAGGGUGAGGUCAGAUAUAAGCCCAAACAGCAGCAGCAGACUCAGACUCUGCAACUUCAGGUCCUCAGACCCCCACAGUCCUCAGACCCCGCACAGUCCUCAGACCCCACAGUCCUCAGACCCUUACAGUCCUCAGACCCCACACAGUCCUCAGACCCCGAAGGUCCUCAGACCCCACAGUCCUCAGACCCCGCACAGUCCUCAGACCCCACAGUCCUCAGACCCCGCACAGUCCUCAGACCCCACAGUCCUCAGACCCCCACAGUCCUGGACCAUCACAGUCCUCAGACCCCACAGUCCUCAGACCCCACAGUCCUCAGACCCCCACAGUCCUGGACCAUCACAGUCCUCAGACCCCACAGUCCUCAGACCCCCACAGUCCUCAGACCCCACAGUCCUGGACCAUCACAGUCCUCAGACCAUCACAGUCCUCAGACCCUCACAGUCCUCAGACCCCCACAGUCCUCAGACCCCCACAGUCCUCAGACCCCGCACAGUCCUCAGACCCCACAGUCCUGGACCCUCACAGUCCUCAGACCCCACACAGUCCUCAGACCCCGAAGGUCCUCAGACCCCACAGUCCUCAGACCCCGCACAGUCCUCAGACCCCACAGUCCUCAGACCCCCACAGUCCUCAGACCUCCACAGUCCUGGACCAUCACAGUCCUCAGACCCCACAGUCCUCAGACCCCCACAGUCCUCAGACCCCACAGUCCUGGACCCCCACAGUCCUCAGACCCCCACAGUCCUCAGACCCCCACAGUCCAGGACCAUCACAGUCCUCAGACCCCACAGAGACCAUCCAUCCAAAAACCCAGUGAUUCACAGCAACAUGAUUUUUUGGAUCUUUGUGCUGGGUCAUGUACUGCCCCCUGCUGAAAAUUCUCAUCAGUUUCCACAGACCUCAGUUUCUCCUGUGGCUCCAGCCUGUUGGACGCAGUGGUACGACCAGGACGACCCCACAGACGGAGGCGACAGCGAGACUCUGCCCAAGCUGAGGGAGGCUUUCCCGGGACAGAUCUGUGAGUGGCCCCUAUCCCUGGAGGUCCAGACCACAGGGGGCGCUGCAGCAAACACCACCGGAGACGUCUUCUUUAAGUCAGACCGUGUCGAUGGUUUGGUGUGCAGAAACAAGGACCAGGUGGGACAGUGCUUCUGUCAGGACUACAUGGUCCGCUUCCUGUGCCCCUGCUCCAGCCGUGAGUGCUCCUCCACCGCAGACUCUGAUCCUCCUCCCCCUCCCCCUCCCCCUCCCUCUCCCCCUCCCCCUCCCCCUCCCCCUCCCCCUCCCCCUCCCCCCCCCCCCCUCCCCCUCCCCUCCCCAUAUGCAGAUCUACUGAGCCUCGAUAAAGACGUUUCAGACUUUGAAAUCAUAGAGACGACACCGAAGCCUCAGACCUGGCACCCCCAAACCUCCUCAGGUGCGGUUCCGGUCUCUUGGAGUUUCCCCACAUGGACAAAGAAAACCAUCAAGACCAUAAUCACCAAACCAACACGGCCGUUUGAGACCACCAAGACUUUUCCCACCAGAUCUACACGAGCCACGAGACCGACCAGACUCACAAGGCCUGUCAAAACAUCCGUAAAGUCUUCUGUGAGACCAACUCGCCCCAGCUGGCCCUUUUAUACACCCAAACAUCAGUCUCCGGUGACGUGGACUUUUCUCUCAGAGGAAUCAGAGGAAUCAGAGGAAUCAGAAGAGAAUCUGUACGAACCCAGCUCUGAACCUUCCAUCUUCAUCACCAAAAAAAAGACCAGACCUACCAUCGUCACCAAACCAGCAGCACUCACCAGGUCCUACGACAGCGACAUAAAGACUCUUCCAACAGAGAGACCGCUGCAGGCCACUGUGGGCUCUGAUCACGUCCUGAACAUCUUCCGCACUCUUCCUGAAUGGAUCCAGACCCCGCCUGAACCCACGGCGGACUCUCCAACCUUCUCCACUCCUGAACCCGAGACCAGACCCACCUUCGUCCCAAGACCAACGUUUCCAACUCUGGGCACCAGGCCCCACGACUCCGACAUAAAGACUCUUCCAACAGAGAGACCGCUGCAGGCCACUGUGGGCUCUGAUCACGUCCUGAACAUCUUCCGCACUCUUCCUGAAUGGAUCCAGACCCCGCCUGAACCCACGGCGGACUCUCCAACCUUCUCCACUCCUGAACCCGAGACCAGACCCACCUUCGUCCCAAGACCAACGUUUCCAACUCUGGGCACCAGGCCCCACGACUCCGGCUCUUAA